UACAUCUCCACUGAAGAAGACAGGAACGGAGGAAGAAAAAAAAAAAGCCUCCCUCUCUGUCUACAUUAACCGUAUCAACCGCGGAAAACCGGACAGCAGUUAGCUAUCUCCCGAAACCCGGCCACGUCUUCCCGCCUCCCGCAGGAUGAGUGUCGGCACUCCGAGAGGCCUGGCCAGCUCGGGGCAGAAGCCCAUCGCGGAGAUCCUCCACCCGCUUUCCUCCGCCGCGGAGCCGCUCUCCGUCUCCGUCACCGUCAACCUCGGAGGGGACAAGGAAGCGGGGCUGACCAACGGCACGCCGGUUGAGACGUCGAGUCCCGCCUCCACGUCCUCGCUGUUCAACAGGCUGCAGCUGGACGACGACCUGGAAGCAGAUGUCCGGGACCCCUACGCAGAAACCACAGAGACCCGUGACCUCUUUGUCACAGUUGGCGACCCAAAGAAGCACGUCUCCACCAUGGAGACCUACAUCACCUACAGAGUCUCCACCAAGACAACACGGGUAGAGUUUGACCUGCCGGAGUACUGCGUGCGGCGGCGCUACCAGGACUUUGACUGGCUGAGGAUCAAGUUGGAGGACAGCCAGCCGACCCACCUCAUCCCUCCGCUGCCGGAGAAGUUUGUGAUGAAGGGCGUGGUUGAUCGUUUUUCGGAGGAGUUUGUGGAGACGAGGAUGAAAGCUCUGGACAAGUUCCUGAAGCGAAUCGCCGACCACCCAGUUCUCUCCUUCAACCCCCAUCUAAACUCUUUCCUAACUGCCAAGGACCUGAACAAGCGCCAGGGUCUGGCCCUCCUGACCAAGGUGGGCGAGUCGGUGAAGUACGUCGCCGGAGGCUACAAGCUGCGGGCGCGGCCGGCCGAGUUCUGCGCCAUGGGAGAAUACCUGGACACCUUCAACCAGAAACUGGGAACCAUCGACCGCAUCGCUCAGAGGAUCCUCAAAGAGCAGUCAGAGUACCUGACAGAGCUGCGGGAGUACGGCACGGUGUACUCCAGCUGGGUGGGGCUGGAGGAUGAGCUGCGGCGCCCCCUGGAGGGCGUGGCCGGCUGCGUGACGACGUGCUGCGGAGCGCUGGAGGACCUCGGUGAGAACAUGAGCCAGGACUUCCUGCCCGUACUCCGAGAGUACGUCCUCUACGUAGAGUCCAUGAAGAAUGUUUUGAGGAAGCGCGACCAGAGCCAGGCCGAGUACGAGGCCCGACUAGAAGCAGCCAUACUGCGCAAACAGGAGGACAGAACACCAAUGCCAGUGGAGGUCGAGAAAUGCCAGGACAAAGUGGAGUGUUUCAACGCUGACCUGAAGGCAGACUGGGAGCGCUGGCAAAGCAACAAGAGACAAGACUUCAAACAGCUUCUCACCGGCAUGGCCGACAAAAACAUCAACCACUAUGAAAAGUGCCAGGCGGCGUGGGAGUCACUCAUAACUCUCCUCCAGGACAAACAGACUGAGGACAAAUCGAGCGAGACGAACUGAAACAUGUCCUCGUGUCUCUGCCCCGGGUGUCUCUCCCUCUCUGUAUUGCACACUCUCUCUUGCCAAGGAACUGGACAAACGGGGCAGUGGAUUGGAACUGCUGGACUUUGCCCCCGUUUUCCUGUGAGGUGACUGUACGGAGGGGAGUCGUCUCUCUCAGAGAUUCCACCUGCUGCGAAGGAGGUAACGACUGGUACAUUCAAGGACAGCCGGGAAAGAGGAAAGACCUACUAUGUACAGACAUUUUCCUUUUCUUGAUUUUUUUUUUUUUUUUGUUGUUUUGCUCUUUGUUCCUAUUGACUUUUUCUACUUCAUAUUUCCAAUAACCAGUCGGUUUGCCAAUGCUACUUGUGUUUAUUCAACGUUUUCUGUCUGUCCUCUCCAUGUUGACCUCGAGACAAAUGGGAAGGAUAACUUUUCGGCGUCGCAGAAAACCGAACAAGAUCGUCAUAUUUUGCGACUUCAGUAUUCCGAGCAUCCCGAGGAUUUUUAUUUCCUGUCGGGCCGUAUAAGCCUCUAAACAUGUAACACUGAAACAAGACUCACGCCAUUCUCAUUCAUCUUUUAAAGGCAUCAUAUUGGCUAAUUAUUAUAUAUUAAAUAUUGGUAAAUUAGACCCCAACAUCCUGUACUUUUUUUUUAGCUUAAUUUACCUUAACUGAACAGUUUUGGAGUCAUU